CUAGCAAUUUUGUACGUUGGAUUUUAUCUCGACACGCUUAUUUUGUCAUCCCUGCUGUACUAUUUGUCUAAGCUACUUUCUGUUCUUCGCGUCUGACGAAUCGGAAGACGAAAUGCAGUGCUCGCUGCUGCAUAACAGCCUUCCGCAUUUCUUCCUCGCGUCCGCGAACGAGUGCGCGCAAGCUCGCCAAGAUGGCGGGACCGUCUUGGAAGCGGAAAUUUGUUUGAACGUCGGCCUUCGACAGUGGUGUUUACAGCUGCUUCCAGUCGCGUUGCGACAGGUUAGGAUCGCGCCGUCCGGCUGACGUUGGCGCGUGAGUCAAAUUUUGGUUCGAGGUAUUCAGAAACUUUAUGUCAGAGCGCACCAGCGAAGGCUUGGAAUACAUGAAAAGUAAAAUUUUCAGAGAAUUGAACGUUUAUAUAUUUUUUACUGAUUGCCAUUGAGAUUCCGAAUGGCACAAUUGCUGUACGGCCGUCCACGUACUUGUCGCGAAACGUCCUACUGCUAAAACACAGUAGUUGUACUAAGGAACGAACGAGAUACCUGCCCUAUAUGCACUUGUGCGAAGACUGAUUCGUUAAUUCGACAGAUGAAAGAACGAGAGAAACAAUGAAGAGAAAUUUGCGAAAUAGGCAAGGUCCGUCGAUAAUUGAAUUGUCCGAUUCCGACGAUGAUGACUGUAAGACUAAGCAACUCAAAGAUGAGGACUACGUUGUGGAAGACAGCAAGAGGAAACAGAAAAUUACGGCGAGCAAGGCAGAGCCGAGGAAGAAGAGAGCGAAGAGAGAAACGCAGAGCAAGACUGUUAAAUCCGUUAAGAGAAAGACUAGCGAGGCAGACUCGGAGACAUUCGGGAACAAAAAAGCGAAGCUACAAGGAUCGUCGUGCACCGAGCCUGCCGACGUAGAGCCGCAGCGAAACUGGGAUGAUUUAACGAGAGCUCGUGCGAAGGAAGACACGAAGAUCCAAGAGAAACUAAGCUGCAGCCUCUCGCAGUCCACGGAAUGGACCGACGUCGACUACAUAAGCGAGAUCAACAACGUGGAUACACGCAUCGUGGAGAAUGUGGUGAGGCUUUUCAAGCAGGACAACACUAUACCGUUUAUCGCGCGAUAUCGGAAGAACAUGACUGGCUCCAUGGAGCCGGACAAGCUGAGAGCGCUGCUGGACAGUUUCGAGCAGGCGAAGGCCAUCAAGCUGCGCGCCGCGGCGAUUAUCAAGAGCAUCGACAAAGCGGAGAAAUGGUCGCCGGAGAUUCACACAGCCGUCACGUCCGCGAGAUCCCUCGCCGAUCUCGAGCACAUUUAUUCCUUGUACAAGCCGGGGUCCAAGCGACUACUGGCGGAGAAAGCCCGAGAACUGGGCCUGGGAGCUGUCGGCGAGGCUGUCUUACGGGGACAGGACGUACCGCCGUUGGCGUCCCUGGUGGACCAAGAAAGGGAGGGUUUGCGAAACGAGGAGGAGGUGAAGAGCGGCGUCGUGCACGUAAUUGCGGACGUCAUCAGCAAGGACAGGAAGGUUUUCGACAAGGUUACGUCCCUCCGGAGAGAGUCAGUCAUAGAGAUACAAACGACGCGGUGCAAAACCACGGAGAGCUCCAAGAACACGAACGAUCAGAAGUACGAGCAGUACUUCAAUUUCAAGUUGAGCGUGAACGCGAUCAAGCCGCACCACACACUCGCCAUCAACCGGGCCGAGUCGCAGAAGAUCAUCAGCGUCAAGGUCUCCGUCCCCGACGCCUUCGAGCGCGCGUUCAAGAAGUAUUGCCUAUCGCGAUACGCGCCUCAGCGAGAGCAGGGGCAGCACUACGCGAAGACGCUCUACUUGCUCAACGACGGGAUCGAUCACGCAUACAAAAAGCUGAUCAAGCCUCAGAUGACGCGUCGCGUGAGGAGCGAGAUGAAGGAGAGCGCGGAGAAGGCGUCCAUAGAAGUUUUCGCGACUAACGUCAAGCAGCUGCUGCUCACUCCGCCCGUGCGGGGUAAGAUCGUCCUCGGCGUGGACCCGGGUUACCGUCACGGAUGCAAGCUCGCCGUCGUGUCGGAGCAAGGCGACGUUCUCGAGACCGGCGUGAUGUACCCUCACAACCACUCGUCGGCGUUCAAAGACGCGGCCAACGUGUUGGCGAGAUUGGUGGACAGACACGGGUGCACGAUAAUAGCGCUAGGCAACGCCACGGCGUGCAGGGAGACCGAGUUGUUUCUGACCAAGGUAAUAGGAUCGAUGCUCGGCUCGCUGAUGUACACUAUCGUCGACGAGUGCGGGGCCUCGAUUUACAGCUGCAGCCCGCAAGCCAAGUCCGAGUUCCCGGAUCUCGAUCCGAACCUGGUGUCGGCUGUCUCGAUCGCGAGACGCCUGCAGAACCCGCUAGCGGAGUUAGUUAAGAUAGAGCCCAAGCAUUUGGGAGUCGGGAUGUAUCAGCACGAUCUCCCGGAGGCAAAGCUGACCAAGACGCUAUCCGAAGUUGUCACGGAGGUGGUGAGUUUCGUCGGAGUUGAUAUCAAUACCGCGUCCCAUUAUCUUCUACAGCGAGUGGCCGGCCUCACGCUGUCUAGGUCUACGAAUAUCAUCGAGUGGCGAACGAAAAAUGGACCUUUCAGAAACAGAGAGCAGCUGCUGAGCGUCAAGGGUAUCGGCAGCAAAACGUACGAGCAGUGCGCAGGAUUCAUAAGAAUUCUGCCGGAGACGGCAACGGUUAGCGAAGCCGCGUCGGAACGAACGGGCAAGAAAUCGAAGAACGGCUUUAAUCCCCUGGAUCAGACGUGGAUCCAUCCGGAGUCGUACGCGAUAGCGAAUCGAUUCGUGAAACACUGCCAAUGCGAACUGAGCGACAUCGGUACUCCGGUGUUCAUCGAGAGGAUAAAUUCUCACGCGCGAGCCGGAUGUGGAGCGCUGGCAGCGCAAUUCGGCACCGACGAGACUACGAUGGAGACAAUAAUCAAAGCACUGACCAUGCAGAGGGACGAGGAUAUACGGUCGAAAUUGAGCCAGCCGCUGUUCCGCAACAGCGUGCGACGUAUCGAGGAUUUGACCGCCGGUACCGUAUUGAGCGGCGUCGUGCGGAACGUCACGCAUUUUGGUGCAUUUGUAGACGUGGGCGUUGGUAAGGAGGGACUGAUACACGUCACCCGUAUGAAAAAGGAUCUACAUAUAGGCCAGCGUGUGGAAGUGAAGUGUUCUUCCACCGGAGCAUCAUAUUCGAUGGGUUUGGCGGUUGGAAUACUCCCCGGAGAUCCCUUUCAUCGCUGGGGAAACGAGGAGAUCAGAUGCAUCAUAAAGUAGAGAAAAUGCUGUUGGAGACGCGAGCAUAAAGUAGCGUUAUUACUCAGGCGGCGCAAACAUCCAAGAGACGCUGCGAAGAAGUUUAUAAAAACGUCUUCGACGCAUCUUGCGCGGGAAAGAUCGACGAGGAUAAUUUAAUUAAGUACAGCGACUUAAUUAAGCAUAUCGCUACCUGCAGGUAAAACGUUCUUUACUUUCUUAGAUAUAUUUUAUGUUGCGCGAUACAUUUAGAUUUUCUAACUUGCAUCUACGUGGAAUCGGUCCUUCUUAAGCCCAAAACAGGGAGAUGCCUGAAAAAUAUCUUCUAAACACCUUUGUGAUAUCGCGUUUGCAUUGCCCGAAGGCAUACCGUAGUAAACGAUUCGAUCUAGCGAGAGAAAAUAAAACAGCUCGUCGCGGGAAUAAGACUUCUAGAUUUAUAAAUACGGUAAUACGAGCAAAUCUGUUUCCUCGAUUUAAAAGGAUAUGCUUUAUCUCCCAUUUUACAGCACGGUUUCUACUCCUUCGCAAACGCUUUGAAUAAAAUAAUAGUUUUGAUGAAUAAUACUAGAACUUAAAAUCUAAGUAUUGAAAUGUACAAUGAACUCUCGAUUCACACGGUACUCCUCCAUUUAAGUACCUGUGCCGAUUAAUGAACUAGAGUUCGAGUGAGGUAUCGUAAAAUUUUCUUCGAGAUAGAUUUUUGCGUGCGUCUUAUUUUUACGCCGUGAACGGCGUAAAAAAACGUGCGACGGGCAACUCGGUAAAAAAAUAUGAUAAAAGCGCCGUAUUAACGAGCAUAUGAAGUGCUCGAUCCGUGGAAACUCCCGAUAUAUUGGUUUAAGUUCCUAAACCGCUACACGACCACGGAGUUGCUAAUUAAUCUCUACGUUCUGUGCUCGACCCAGUUACGAUAGUCAGCUACUCAGCGGCGAUCAUGCUAUAACCUUCUGGCCCACUUUCGACAAUGUAUAAAAAGCGGGGAUUACUCUCCCAUAUUAAAUGCGCAUCUCGCGGUGAGAGCGAGAAGGAGAAGAACGGAGAGAGGAAGACAGAGAGAGAGAGAGGGUCCGCAUCCUGGGAUUCUUACCACAUCGAGGACGGAAAGAAGCGAGUGAAAAGCGGGUUUCGCAAGAUUAUUGUUAGAUGCUAGUCAGUGGUGGAUUAUCCACCGGGCGCACGUCUUAAAACCUUCAACGUCUAUAGAGAGCUGGACAACUGAGCCGCUAGAAAAUCGUAAUUGCAAAAAAGAUAAAUCGUCGUCGAUUUUGAGAUACUUCGGGGCGAAUAAUUUAACUCUUCUACAACCGCCGGGACAUUUAAGUUCCGCCUUACAGUUUACGCCUCUCCGGUUCCUUGAGACGCCGGCGUGCCAUUUAAAGAUUAAUAAUAAACGACGAAUAAUUCGAUCGCGAAAGGAUUAAAGGGAAGGAGCCCAGGAGGUCCACGAGGAGUUGCGACGCUCGUAAAAAUACAUAGAAAGUGUCGAAUUAAUACAGAAUCGCAAAUUGACAGACCGAUUACCGAGUAAUUCGCUUUAUUUGUGGAAGCGAUCUCUAUGCAAAUGAGCGAUGUAUCACGAUGGACAAUUGAGUUUGCGAUAUUUGCCUGUCUUAUCAAUGUUUUGGCGCGCUAUCAAUCUCAAUCGCCUCGUGUCGGCGAACGUAUCAUCGUGCGGCCCGACUUCCACGAACCAAGUGAAUUGCCCGUAAUUCCCCUGUCAAUUUGAUUUGCGAAUCUAUAUCUACAUCUUAAACGGACGGACUAUAUUCCGUCUAUCUUUAUACGUAUCGUACACUCCUCUACUCUAGGAAAAAAGACAGUCAGCAACCCAUUUUGGG